CCUCGCUGCGUGCAUCGUGAUCUAGUGGAUGCAGAGUCUCGCGGAGAACGCAGGGUCACCGUCUGUCACUGCAAGGGGAAAUACUGAAGAAUUUGCAGCAGCGACUGUUGGGCAUUGGUGCACCUGAGCAGCAGCAGCAGCAGCAGCAGCAGCAGUGUAUCUGGUGAUCUCCUGCAGGGGACCAACAGCUUCUCUCUAAGGUUUAUGGAAACCUGACCUCCCAUUGGUGGAGAAGUGCAUGAGGAACCCAGCUCUGCUGCAGAGGACAGGUUUAGUCAUUAGAGUGCUUUGCCACAUCCAGGAAAAUGUCUGGCUCCUACGAUGAAUGUGUUGGUGCUGACGACACCAUGGACAGCUUCUGGGAGGUAGGGAACUACAAACGUGCUGUCAAGAGAGUUGAUGAUGGCCAUCGGCUCUGCAAUGACCUCAUGGGCUGCCUGCAGGAGCGUGCGAAGAUAGAGAAAGCAUAUGGUGAUCAGCUAACUGCCUGGUCCAAGAGAUGGAGGCAGCUCAUUGAGAAAGGUCCACAGUACGGCUCUGUGGAGAGAGCCUGGCUGGCUGUGAUGACGGAGGCAGACAAAGUGAGUGAGCUGCACCAAGAUGUGAAGAACAACCUGAUGAACGAGGACGUGGAGAAAGUGAAGAACUGGCAGAAGGAGGCCUAUCACAAGCAAAUGAUCGGAGGCUUCAAGGAGGCCAAGGAGGCGGAUGAAGGAUUCAAGAAGGCUCAGAAGCCCUGGGCCAAGAAGCUGAAGGAGAUGGAGGCAGCUAAAAAAACGUACCACAUGGCAUGCAAGGAGGAGAAGCUGGCUGCCGCCCGAGAGGCCAACGGCAAGACCGAGGCUUCUGUCACACCCGACCAGCAGAAGAAGCUCCACGAGAAAGUGGACAAAUGCAAACAGGACAUGCUGAAGGCUAAAGAGAAGUAUGAGAAGUCUCUGGAGGAGCUGAACAAGUGCACCCCGCAGUACAUGGAGUGCAUGGAGCAGGUGUUUGAUCAGUGCCAGCAGCAUGAAGUCAAGAGGCUGACCUUCCUCAAGGAGGCCCUACUGGACAUCAAACGCCACCUUAACCUCACUGAGAACCAAAGCUAUGGCACAAUAUACAGAGAACUAGAGCGCACCAUCCUGGGUGCAAACACGCAAGAAGACCUGAAGUGGUUCAGCAACAACCACGGCCCUGGGAUGCAUAUGAACUGGCCCGCUUUUGAGGAAUACAACCCAGACCAGGCCAGUGCUCCUCCAAAGAAGAAGAAACCAGACGGCGCCCCACCCACUCCGAGCACAGACCAUGUGGCUCCACCUGGUGACCGCAGCAGUGUGAGCAGCUAUGAGAAAAACCAAGCCUACUCGACUGAGUGGUCCGAUGAUGAGCAGCCCGCUUCAUACUCUGGCAACGAGAACGGAGGGAACGGAGGGAACGGUAAUUCAUUCGAAGAGGACUCCAGCACUCCAGGGAAAGGGGUCCGUGUGCGCGCUCUGUACGAUUAUGAUGGACAGGAACAGGACGAGCUCACCUUCAAAGCAGGUGACGAGCUGACCAAGACUGAGGACGAGGAUGAGCAAGGCUGGUGUAGAGGUCGUUUGGACAGCGGCCAAGAGGGACUGUACCCGGCCAAUUAUGUCGAGGCGAUCUAGUCACAUUACUGGACAAGGACGCGCCAUUGGAGGCAGCUUGAACUGUCCCGUCCAAUCGCACCGCACAUAGCCAGAGACUUAAGAGCAACACAUCCCUUGCCCAACAGAUGCGCUAAGCAGUCUUGCCUAAAUAAAAACUUAGUAACCUAAAAGACAAUAUAUCAGUAAAAUAUAUUUUAUCCAGCAUUUGGGGUGGGUGGACUUACACAUUUAAAAACAGGAGCAGCAGUCAUACCAGUAUAUACACACACUCAACUAUAACAUCGAAAGAGUGCAGGAACACAUUGCUUCUCUGUGUGGCUCUAUUUAAACAUAUACUGCAGCUUAUUUAAACUCGCAGUAUACUGCAGUCUGUUCUCUUGUGAAAAUGGGAAGAUAAUAUAAUCAACUGAACCCAUUUGACAAAGACGAGCUUCUUUAACCUGCAUUGUGUAUAUAUAUGGUGUGAUGCCAUUUUUGUGUAGCAUUUUUAAUGCAGUCUGUGGUCAGUCGUCAUUCUUACAUUGGGAAUGCUGUGUAGUGUUAAAAGUACCACGGACAGUAUCCUCUACUUUUUCUGUUUGUUUUUUUGUUUUCUUUGUGAUUUGGUCCAACCUCUUUUCCAGUGUGUGCAGUGCUAUGUGUUUUAACUGUUUCUGAACUUGCAUAGCAGCAUGUGCUAUGCAACAACGUGCAUUCCCUGAACCCUGCAGCCUCGCGCAGGCCGCAACUUGAUGCAACACUUCAACUACAAAUGCAGAGUUCACUUCUUUAGCAUCACAGGCUUCUGCUUUCAUGAAUGGAAGCUUGAUCAUGAAGUGAUUCUCUGUUAGUUUUGUUUUUGAACAUCAUUUUUUUUUUUGUUUUUAAGCAUCACAACUUCACACCUUUGACAAUAUCAUCUCCAUGAAACCCAUGGAAAGGAUAUGGAGUUUGUGCACAAGCUUUCAUUCUUGGGUCAGUAAUUCAGCUCUCAUUUUAAUCCACCACUGCUAACAAGAAACACGAGUGGUACUGUUUUGCUCAGAGCAAUGUCUGAUUAAGUCAUCUUCUGGAGGUUGCCACUGCAGUGUAAAAGGCGGGUUUCGAGCAAUUCCUGUGUCGGGCACUUUUCUUCCAAAGCAAGGGGGCCAAUGGAGGCAUGUCAAUGCGUUACUGUGCUACAGACAUUUGUGUGACGAUCGAAGCCUCUUGAACAGGACAUGAAUGUACUAGUGUUUGGGCCUAAAAGAGGACAUGUUGUCUAAACAUGCUUCUUCAAUGUCAUUUAAAGCCCUACCUAGCAUUUGGUGGCCCGUUUCUCUGCUGAGCCAAAGAAUGACCCAACACCAUCAUCUAUCUGUUUUCUCCUUUUCUCUCCAUGCAAUAACCUCACAUAUCACAUCUAAAACAGCUUCAGUGAAGAUCAACUUGCAGCUGCCUCCCAGUCCACCCAGACUUCCAUUUGUCUGCAAACACUGCAUGAUGACACAGGGAAUACAUUUGUGACCAGUGGUGCACUACCUGUAAGAAGACUCUUACACUGUGCAUUACAUGGUUAUUUUCAAAUCUCUAACUCGCUCCACUUAAACUUCAAGCAGGAAUCAUCAGAUCAAUAAUCAGAUAUUGAUAUAACGCUAAGAGUUGCACCUAAAUCUCUGAUUAGACCGGAUAGAUGUUUUUUCUAACAUAGUUGUCCUGAAGUUUUUUAAAUUUCACUGGACCAACUGCAGUCCGAUGUGUUUAGCUCUGUGUCUGGAACAGGAUUUGGCAGGUUUGGGUCUCACACAUGAGGAGAAACACAUCACCAGCUCACAAGUUGUGUCUUAGAGUAAAGCUGUCCAGCAUAGCAAAAAGGACUCCUAUCAUCAAACUGUCCCACAUUAUCAAUGCGCAUAUGCACACGCACCCACACAUGCAUUGAACACAGGUUAUACACGACACACAAGGUCAAACACAUAAUCCACAUUACCAGGUUAAUAUUUUGGGGGGUAAGACAUCUUCAUCCAGUGUGUAUGAGUUGUGUAAAUGUAUCAGAAAAAAAAUGUUUAAAAAAAAAAUGCAAGUGAUUGACUAUUAAGACAAAAUGUAGUGUUAUACAUGUAAAUGUGUUUCAUUAAAAUAACAGCAAUGGAAAACAUAUUAAGUAAUAGGUACCAUAUCGUAUGAAUUUCAUUGCAAUGGAAUUGUAAGUGUAUCAUAAAAGCGUGACGUUAUCCCACGCUGUCAGAUUUGUAUAUGAUGAUGUAAUUUAAAGAUUAUAUUCUAUUGUAACUGUACAACUGUGUUGAGUUGAAAAUGAGACCUGACCAUGUUGAGGCAGUAAAAAGGUGUAUAUGUAAAUGCUUUUUUUAUGUUGAUGAUCUCUUCCUUAUGCACACAGGGGUCAGCAGCUCAUGUUGUGGAAUCCCUUUUAUUAGCGGUCUAGAAGAUGUAUGUUCAUAGUUAGUGAUGUACUUUUAUCUCCUAACUGGUGUAGUGCCUGUUCAUCUUGAUGUAACAAGAAGUUCAUUUAAAUAUGCAUAAAGAUGAUUAUGAUCACAGAUAAUAAUGAAGAUA